AUGCAAUAUUCCAACCAUUCCGUAAUGAAUUUGUUAGGUGCCACGGGCCCGGCUGGGUGGCCCACUGAUCAUCAGACUAUGCACUGCGGCUUAGACUAUUAUAACGGGUAUGGGCUGCAAAUGGAUAACAGCCGAAUGACGGAUCAGCUUCACAUGUACACAAAUAAUCAGGCCUGUAUGUACGGAAAAUCGCCUUCUCCAACUUUGACUUCACAAAUCCACAGUCAGCAGGGAUACACACUGACAAAUUUGUCUUCCUCCGGUUCCAAUAGUAUGUCGUUACCUGUCCAACCAGGCGAAAGUUCCAUCAAAGCGGAUCCAGACUCUCAUAUUCCUGGAGAUCUCCGGACCUCUCAGUCCUCACCGGAUCUGAUGUCCCCCGGAUCAUCAUCACUGUCCACAGAAAACGGUUCUUCCAUCACUCCCAAAAGCGAGAGCAGUGAAAUCAUGGAAAAUCUUGACAAACACAAUGGAAACUGCAACCAAGCUCCUUCCCCAUUGGAUGAAAAUGACAACGACAAAAAUCCAGAAAAAUCAGGAGAAUGUAACUUAAUGAAACAGCGCACACGGCGAAAACCCCGGGUGCUAUUUUCUCAGGCGCAAGUUUUCGAAUUAGAAAGAAGAUUCAAACAGCAGCGAUAUUUAUCCGCACCCGAAAGAGAACAACUAGCAAAUUUACUCAAACUGACUUCUACACAGGUCAAAAUCUGGUUCCAGAACCGAAGAUACAAAUGUAAACGUCAAAGACAAGAUAAGAGCCUGGAGUUGUCCUCCAUCCCUCCCAGGCGUGUAGCAGUUCAAAUGUUAGUCCGUGACGGUCGCCCAUGUUUGCCACAGAACGUUCCCGGGGCUCCGUAUUCCGCAUCUUACAGCAAUCCCUAUUACCCCUCACCACUGAACACUCAUGUCUCAUCCGCAGUCCCUAUCAAUCCCAUGCAGCAGAAUCCAUAUGCUAAUUCACAGAUUGCCCAAGGAAUACGGUCUUGGUGAUAUAUCUUAUACUCGAUCUUAUUUUGUUGUAAAUAUAUGUUAUUUUGUAAAUAAGAGUUGUAUUUUGAAUAUGAAUUACGUGAAAAAGGAGUUGUGUUUCAUGGCAGGUCAAUUCAUUUCGUUCAACGUUUAUAUGAUUAUGUAUCAAAAGAAUUCUCAACUUGGAGAAUAAAAAUUUGGCGUAUGUCAUGAGCAUAAAUUGUACGUGUGUGUCUGCGUGGAAGAAAAGUGCUGAGGAUUGGUUGAAAACUGCAUCAACUGCAAUUUAAUUCUUAGAUAUUCCUUUUAAGUUUUGAAUUGACAGACUUCGAGUCAUUUAUAUUCAUACGAAUAUUGUUAACAAUUUUUUUUUCAUAUUUUACAGUUUUAUACGUUAAUAUUUUGAUGUCAUAUUUUUUAAAAUAAAUGAAAUUGUUUUAAUUUGUACAAAUGAUGAAAAAAAGUAAAAUUUUAUGAAUAA